CUUCCAGCUGCACAUUAAGCUUCAUGGGAAACUCUGCGCUGAAAGCCGUGUGCGUGCGCGAUGAUAGCCUCGACAUGUACACCGACGAGCUCGUGGCAGUCGAGAGCUAUGUGUCCACCCUUCCCCAACCCCACGAAGACAACGACACUAGCGACAAGAGCUUCAACGACGCCCAGGACGACUUGAAAUGGGACGCUAACUUGGUGUCCUUGCAUCUCCGAAGUAAACGCGAUGUUAUUGACGGAGUAGACGAAACCCGGUCUGCCAUGCGUCAGCGCCGACGACGGUCGCCGCUCAAAGUGCUCCGAACCAUCGUGUCACCCUGUCGUCCCACUCAAGACGCAACGGCAUCACCUCACGACGCGUAUGACGAAGUGUGUGACCAGUUCAACGUGAUGUUUUAUGCAAACACGACCCAUCCAUCCAAGAUCUCACCAAUGAUAUCACCACCAAUGUCGAAUGCAACUCAACCCCCCCAGGGAACAGAAGAAGCUGGUAAACAAGACAGCGACCUGGUUUUCACGACAGAGCCGCAGCCAGACCUGUUCCUGGAUGGCCUCCAGACACCACGACCCUCGCUGGCCGACUGGCCUGCACACACGUGGAAGAUUGAAGGCUCCAUAGCUGAAUCCCCGACUGACGACGACGACAUGUGCAGCACCGCAUGUUCGUCCGAGUACGCCACCGACAUUGACCCAAGUGAUGAUGAGGACGAUCCAGACGCCGUGCCACCACCGUCGACGUUUGCAUGUUCAUCCCGCCGAUCCGUCAGUGCUACCACAACAACUCUGAAGUCCCAGGACGACAUUCCGUUCGUGUUUGCUGCGCGGUCCCAGUUCAUUGUGGCCGACUAUUUGUGUCCGUGCCACGACUGCCCGUGGUACUCUGUGAUUGAAAAGCAUGUGCGCGCGUCGGGCCUGUCGACCAAAGCCAAAGGCCGAGUCGUCCGCGUGCUCCAAGCGUACUCGACGUACAAUGAAGUCACGGGGUUCCGUCCUGGCAUGGUGCAGCUGGCCCAAGACUGCCUCUUUACCAGUCGUGGCCAUGAAAACGACGCGUUCGAGUCGUUUGUCCACUGCGUCGAGAGUCGAUACGCCAACGGGUGGCUCUAAGAAGGUACGUAGGCGAGUUGUACUUGAGCUUAGCCUGGGUCGUUGGUAGUAGUAGUUGACCGUAAUGUUAACAGUGAAGUAACUAUGGGUGAUGGUGAUCGAUCGAUCAUGGACACUACGAGAGUAACCAAAGAGAAGUUUUCGCAUUGUG